AUGGAGAACAACAACGCCAGGAGCAACCCUCAGCCUCCUCCAGGUAACCAGGUUGCAUGCAUCCCACCUGAUUCAUCGUUGUUAAUUUAUCCGAAUCUUCUUUGCAUUGGUGAAUCAGUAGGGUACCCGGCGGUGGGGCCGGCCGAGAAGGGUGGCGCGGCAGGCGGCAAGAAGAAGGGGUCUCGUCGCCGCGCAACGUCGAGCAUGCGGGGGGAGCCCAGCUUUAUCGAAGGAUGCUGUGUUCCAUACUAG